AUGCUCAAGCUGUGGAAGGUGGCACGCCCAGCUCGACAGCUGGAACUGCAUCGCCUCAUACUGUUGCUAAUCGCUUUCAGUCUGGGCUCCAUGGGCUUCCUGGCUUACUACGUAUCCACCAGCCCCAAGGCCAAGGAACCCUUGCCCCUGCCCCUGGGAGACUGCAGCAGCGGGGGGGUAGCUGGCCCUGGCCCGGUUCGGCCUCCAAUCCCGCCCCGGCCUCCCAGGCCUCCAGAGACAGUUCGAACUGAACCUGUGGUCCUUGUGUUUGUGGAGAGUGCGUACUCACAGCUGGGGCAGGAGAUUGUGGCCAUCUUGGAGUCCAGCCGUUUUCGUUACAGCACUGAGCUGGCCCCUGGCCGCGGGGACAUGCCCGCACUGACUGAUCAUAGUCGUGGCCGCUUCGUCCUGAUCAUUUAUGAGAACCUGCUCAAGUAUGUCAACCUGGACGCCUGGAGCCGGGAACGGCUAGAUCGGUACUGUGUGGAGUACGGUGUGGGCAUCAUUGGCUUUUUCCGAGCCCAUGAGCACAGCCUAGUGAGUGCCCAGCUCAAGGGCUUUCCCCUCUUUCUGCACUCGAACCUGGGGCUCCGGGACUACCACGUGAACCCCUCUGCCCCCCUGCUGCAUCUCACACGCCCCAGCCGCCUGGAGCCUGGGCCGUUGCCUGGUGAUGACUGGACCGUCUUUCAAUCCAAUCACAGCACCUAUGAGCCAGUGCUUCUUGCCAGCCUUCAGUCAGCUGAGCCUCCUGUGCCAGGAUCGGUGCCUCGCCGGGCGCGGCUUCCCACUGUGGUACAAGAUCUGGGACUUCAUGAUGGCAUCCAGCGGGUGCUCUUUGGCCAUGGCCUGUCCUUCUGGCUCCACAAACUUGUUUUUGUUGACGCUGUCGCAUACCUCACUGGCAAGCGGCUGUGCCUGGACCUUGAUCGCUACAUCUUGGUAGACAUUGAUGACAUCUUUGUGGGCAAGGAAGGUACCCGCAUGAAGGUGGCUGAUGUCGAGGCUCUGUUGACCACCCAGAACAAACUCAGGACCUUAGUCCCCAACUUCACCUUCAACUUGGGCUUCUCGGGCAAGUUCUAUCAUACUGGGACGGAGGAGGAGGACGCAGGGGAUGACAUGCUGCUGAAGCACCGCAGAGAGUUCUGGUGGUUCCCGCACAUGUGGAGCCACAUGCAGCCGCAUCUGUUCCACAAUCGCUCGGUGCUGGCUGACCAGAUGAGGCUCAACAAACAGUUUGCUCUGGAGCAUGGGAUUCCCACGGAUCUGGGGUAUGCUGUGGCCCCCCACCACUCGGGUGUGUACCCCGUCCACUCGCAGCUCUAUGAGGCCUGGAAAUCUGUGUGGGGCAUCCAGGCGACCAGCACUGAGGAGUACCCCCAUCUCCGCCCUGCCCGCUACCGCCGUGGCUUCAUUCACAACGGCGUCAUGGUGCUGCCACGGCAGACAUGUGGCCUCUUCACUCACACAAUCUUCUAUAAUGAGUAUCCUGGAGGCUCUCGUGAACUAGACCGGAGCAUCCGAGGCGGAGAGCUCUUUCUGACAGUACUGCUUAAUCCGAUCAGCAUAUUUAUGACCCAUCUAUCCAACUAUGGAAAUGACCGACUGGGCCUGUACACUUUUGAGAGCCUGGUGCGCUUUCUCCAGUGCUGGACCCGGCUGCGCCUGCAGACCCUUCCUCCCGUCCCUCUUGCACAAAAGUACUUUGAACUCUUCCCUCAAGAGCGAAGUCCCCUUUGGCAGAAUCCCUGUGACGACAAGAGGCACAAAGAUAUCUGGUCCAAGGAGAAAACCUGUGAUCGGCUCCCCAAGUUCCUCAUUGUGGGACCCCAGAAGACAGGGACCACAGCUGUCCACUUCUUCCUGAGCCUGCACCCAGCUGUGACCAGCAGCUUCCCCAGCCCCAGCACCUUUGAGGAGAUUCAGUUCUUCAGUGGCCCUAAUUACCACAAGGGCAUUGACUGGUACAUGGACUUCUUCCCUGUCCCUUCCAAUGCUAGCACUGACUUCCUGUUUGAAAAAAGUGCCACCUACUUUGACUCAGAAGUUGUACCACGGCGGGGGGCCGCCCUCCUCCCACGAGCCAAGAUCAUCACUGUGCUCACCAACCCUGCUGACAGGGCCUACUCCUGGUACCAGCACCAGCGAGCACAUGGAGACCCAGCCGCCCUGAACUAUACCUUCUACCAGGUGAUUUCAGCCUCCGCCCAGGCCCCUCUGGCUCUUCGCUCCUUGCAAAACCGCUGUCUUGUCCCUGGCUACUAUUCUACCCACCUACAGCGCUGGCUGACUUACUACCCCUCCGGACAGUUGCUGAUUAUGGAUGGAGAAGAGCUGCGUACCAACCCGGCUGCUUCAAUGGAAAACAUCCAAAAGUUCCUGGGUGUCACCCCCUUUCGGAACUACACACAGAUCCUCAGGUUUGAUGAAGGUAAGGGAUUCUGGUGCCAGGGACUUGAAGGUGGGAAGACUCGCUGUCUAGGCAAGAGCAAAGGUCGGAAGUACCCAGAUAUGGACGCUGAAUCCCGCCUUUUCCUUACGGAUUUCUUUCGGAACCACAAUUUGGAGCUGUCGAAGCUCCUGAGCCGGCUUGGACAGCCAGUACCCUCAUGGCUCCGGGAAGAACUGCAGCAUUCCAGUCUGGGUUAA